AUGUCAGCGACGCCUAUACUGGAUGCGCUCGAGCGUGAUGGAUACGUAGUUGUUCCUAAUCUCCUUGGCAAAUACAUGCUCCUUGCUCAAAAGGCUGCUAGUAAGUACGUUACAGACAAAGCCCGCGCCGGCAAGUGGCCUUUCAUUCGGACAGUAGGCAAGCAAUACCCUCCGUGGCCAACGUGGGAGAAAAGUGAGGAUCACUACAACAUAUGGGGCGUGCAACAUCUCUUGCAUCCAGAUAUGGGCGUCAGGGAUACCUUUGCUGAGCUGUACUUCUCGGAUGAGAUUCUGGACGUGGUAAAGGAGCUUGUCGGACUGAAAGACGACCCUGAAGCGGACGACAAACUCGUCAUGGAGCUCUUCAAUCUGCUCGUAUCCCCAUCAGAGAAUGAAGACUUUGAGCUUUGUUGGCACCGAGAUGACAUACGGCCUGACGUCAGUACCGAGGAAGAGCAACGGCUGCUGGACGAGAAGAGCCCAAAUGGCCAUCAGUUGCACGCUCAGUAUAAUGUUGCGCUCUUUGACGAUGCCUCGCUCAUCGUCGUUCCGGGAAGUCACAAGCGUGUGCGGACAGAGGCAGAACGGAACAUAGGUCCAAAUGAGGACUUGCCCAACCAGCUUGUUGUCGAGUUGAACUCAGGCGAUGCUGUGUUCUACAACAGUAACAUCCUUCACCGAGGGACGUACGAAGGUAUCCAAUACGGUCCAGAGCUCGGUCGCAUGACAUUACAUGGCUCUGUUGGACUCGCUGGCCAUGGUACAGAGCGUGCUCGACAGGUUUUGCAGCAUGCAGUUGGUGACUGGGUCGAUAGGGCCGAGUUCACGACAAUAGAAGGUCCGAGAGGCGUUCGAGCGGAAGCUAUGCGGAAACGAUUAAUGGCAAUGGGAAAGGGCAAUGAACUCGGCUAUUCAUUACAAGGUUGA